UUCCAUAUGUUAAAGGUCGCAAAUUAGAGAUAACCAAUUUAAAUAUGUGUUCAAUGCAAUUUUUUUUAUAAAAAUAUGCCAAUAUAUACGAGUGUGAUCAGGAUUUUUUUGGAUUAUCAUUAUCAAAUCAUUUCUUGAUUUUAUAAACGUCUAUGUGGAUAUUUGGGUAUGGAUCUUUAUUAUGGAGAACUAACUUUCCGUAUGAAGAAAAACGACAUGGUUAUAUCAAAAAUUACAUAAGGCGUUUCUGGCAAGCUAGUUUAGAUCACAGAGGCACCGAGGAAAUGCCAGGAAGAGUGGUAACCCUUAUAUAUACAGGAAAUCCAGAGGACAAAGUAUGGGGCACGGCCUUCAAAGUUGCCCCAGAAAACAUCUCUUCCGUCAUAGAAUACCUAGAUUACAGGGAAAAGAAUGGGUAUUCCAAGCAGAAAAUAGACUUUUAUCCCAACACCCGCAACGUUUCCGAUACCCGUUCUUCGAACGAAUGCGACAUUAUGGUCCCGUGUCAAGAAGAUAUCAUACAAGUUGAGGCCUAUAUAGCCGACGAGACCAACGAUCAUUACCUUGGCCCAGCCCCGCCAAAUUUCAUCGCCCGUCAGAUAGUUCAAUGUCAAGGCAUAUCCGGUCCAAACCUGGAAUACCUAACUCAACUUUGCGCGACAUUAGCCGCUAUAACCCCUUCUAACCAAAAUUUUGAUCCUGACGGUCAUUUAUCCCUAUUAACGGAACAUGUUAAAAUGAUACUUAGCUUAGACAAAGAGGGAAAUGACACAACUAGCAGUUCUUUCGAAGAAAAGGGAACUAUUGACGAUUACCGGGAGACGGCUAAAACCAAAAAUAAAAUAUCAAUUACUUCGGAUAGUUUAGAGAAAUCUGGGAUUGAUCACGGGUUUAAAGCUGGUUGUGCCGGAUUAGUCUGUUUUGCCGAUUGGUCUAGCUUAUCCGCUCCUAAACCUUCAAAGGCUAGUUAAAAUAUCGCGAACUUAUUUUUAAGCUUUCAUAUCUUCCUCAUUUAUAAUUUUUUUGGGUACUAAAUACUAUUAUUACUCUAAUCUUAAUAACAUUUCGUCGCCUCCAUAUAGCCUUCAAAACAUUCAAUUUAUAAUCAGUUAUUUUUUACCAUAGAGGCGUUUUUUUCUCCAUUAAAA